AUGCGGUUAUUAUCACUCCUCGCAUGUCUGUACGUCGGGUUUCUCGCACCGUUGGUGUCGGCCGUCAACCUGAUCGAAUCCAAAUCCCUCAACCUCUGCCAGGACAGUUCCAACUUCACUGCAACAUACUUCAGUGUCACCUUCACCGCCAAUAACAGGUCGCUUGCCUUCAGUUUCGAUGGUGUCGCCGCGAUUACUGGUAAGGUGACUGCCGAUAUCACCCUUACUGCCUAUGGUUAUGAAGCGUUCAAGAAGACCAUCAACCCUUGUGACAUGCCCGAAUUGAAGGGUCUCUGUCCCAUGACUGCGGGCUCUAUCGACGUCCCGAUCGCCAACAUGGAGCUUUCUGAAGAUGUCGUUUCUCAAAUUCCCAGUAUCGCGUACACCGUUCCGGACCUCGACGCCAAUGUUCGUGUCUAUAUUAACAAGACAGAUACUGGCGAGAGUAUAUCUUGCCUCGAAGCGCCUUUAUCCAACGGCAAGACGGUUUAUCAGAAGGGUGUGGGUUGGACAACGGCCAUCAUCUCUGGAUUGGGUCUCACGGCAUCCGCCAUCACUUCCGGUCUGGGGCACUCAAACACCGCCGCUCACGUCGCAGCCAAUGCUCUCUCGCUCUUCAGCUUCAUGCAAUCGCAGGCAAUUUUCGGUAUGGUCUCGGUUCACAUGCCCCCUAUCGUCGAAGCAUGGACACAGAACUUCCAGUGGAGUAUGGGUAUCAUUCAUGUCGGAUUCCUGCAAACCAUCUGCACUUGGUACCAACGGUCGACCGGAGGAACUCCUUCGACCACCCUUUCAGAUCUCUCCACCUCCUCGGUCGAAGUGCUCAAGCGCAAGAAGCGAUCUUUGGAUUCUGCUGUUCCAGAGGUCGCUAGAAGGGCUUCGGGUUACCUGAUGAAGCGGGCCAACACACAAUCCGAAACGGCAACCUCUGACACCACCACCGUUCGCGGUAUCACUCGUGUUGGAUUCGAGGCCAAGAUUGAAGAGACCAACAUCUUCCUGACUGGAUUGAUUUUUUUCGUCAUCUUUGUCGCCAUCGUUUUGAUUAUCGUCGGCCUCUUCAAGGUCAUUUGUGAGGCCCUUGCCAAAUCCGGAAAAAUGAAGAGCGACAAAUUCCAGGACUUCAGAAAUGGAUGGAGAGUCGUCUCGCGAGGAAUUCUGUUCCGAUUGACUCUGAUCGGUUUCCCUCAAAUGUGUAUUCUUUGCUUGUGGGAGCUGACUCGUCGUGAUUCCGCCGCCGAAGUCGUUUUGGCCGUCAUCAUGAUCCUGUCGAUUGUUGGCGCAUUGGGUUGGGCAGCGGUCAAGGUCAUCCUCUUGGCCAAGCGAUCAGUCACCAUGCACAAGAACCCGGCGUACAUCCUCUACUCGGAUCCCACGUGUCUGAACAAGUGGGGCUUCUUGUAUGUGCAGUACCGCGCUACAGCUUACUACUUUGUCGUCCCGGUUCUCGCCUACAUUCUCAUCAAGGGCAUGUUUAUCGGCCUCAGUCAGCCGGCCCCUGUCGUCCAGACCGUGGCUUUGGUUAUCAUUGAAGCCGCCAUGCUGGUUGGCGUCAGUGUCCUCCGCCCUUGGAUGGACAAGAAGACCAACAUCUACAACAUUACCAUCGCUGCCAUCAACUUCCUCAACUCCAUCUUCCUUCUGAUGUUCUCCAACGUCUUCAACCAGCCUGGCCUUGUGACUGGUGUUAUGGGUGUCGUUUUCUUUGUCUACAACGCUGUGUUUGCGCUGGUUCUUCUGAUCCUGGUCUUGAUUGCUUCGAUUUACGCUAUCGUUUCCAAGAACCCUGACACUCGCUACCAGCCGAUGAGAGAUGACCGUGGCUCUUUCAUCAAGUCGCAGAGCCAGCUGACCACCGAGUUGGACGCCUUAGGAGCUACUGCUCGCGGCGGUGACAUGAAAUCUUCGCCGUACAAGUCGAGCCCCUUUGAAGAUGAUGAUGCAUCUUUUUCCAGCGGCAACGGAGCCAGCGUGAGCCGUCAAAACCUCGAGGUCUCGCACGAGGGCAGUUCUCCCCAUUCUCGCGCGCCUGUCUCUCCCGUGGAUCCUUCGGUGCCGCUGUUCCCCAGUGACACCUCGGCCCAGCGGGGACCUCCUAGUUAUGACAGCAACGGCCUCAUUGGGCGGUCACCGUCACCAGUCCCCCGGGGCUAUAAUGCCUCUCCUUUCAGUGGAGCUUCAGCAUACAGAGGACAGAACAACGCAAGUCCCUGGCAACGAGGAGCCGGCUACGACCACUAA